AUGGUUUUUCUUAUUUCUCACAGACAUCGUGGUCGUGGGGUGCUGGCCAUCCUACGAUCAUUCCUCGGCAGGCGCCGACAGUGCCCUCAUAAUUCAACACGUCAAGAGACAACAGUCCAAGACACAAACAUAAAUAAAAAGGACGACAUAGACAACAAAGACAAUGAGAGAGAUUUGAUCGUCAAUCAGCCAGCCACCCUAGCUGGCACCAUCAGUCGAGUAUCGACUAGUCCUACCACUACCCAUUCAUAUCCUUUGUGCCACACCGAGACCCAGAGCAUAUACUCAGAAAAAGAUCAAGAGGAAGAAUCAUUCUACUACCUCAGAAGUCUCAUCACCAUCUCAUAUCUCACACCAAACCCUGAGAACACACCUACCAAUCAAACCCUUCACGUCCCACCCCUCCGUCGCAGAAGGGCUUCAUCCAGACUAAGUCUCCGUCUCGACAUCCCAGGCCUCUCAUUCGCACCAAAGGCCCGCAAAUCGAAGCCUUCGCCACGAUACACGACCCUCCCACCAGCCUACACACCCAAGCCAAUCUCCAUCCGCCCGGAAGUCCGCUUCUAA